GUCAGUCACCCCGAAAAUGGCGAGAAGUGUGUUACGCUGACAAUAUUUUUAUUUUUUAAAUAAAUCUGAGCUAUAAAUCAAAGCGAAAAUCAAUUGCUCAGACACCAAAAAUCGUGAACAAAGUUUUAAUAAUUACCAGCUUAACAAAAUACUCUACUGAUAUCAGCUGUCCAGCAGCUAAGCAGUAGAAAUGAAAGUCUGGGGAGCUCACGGGGAGUUCUGCGCUCGUCACCAAUGGGAGGUCAUCGUGGCCACAUUAGCCCUACUGGCCUGCGCAGCCAGCGUCGAGAGGAAUGGCCCUGGGAACAGGUCGGAACACUGCGCAGGCUGGGCCAGGGCCUGUCCCGGGCUAGAAGCGGAGUACCAAGCCGCUGACGCCGUCAUCAUGACCUUCGUACGCUGCGCAGCCCUCUUAUACGCCUAUUAUCAAAUCUCAAAUCUUCACAAAAUAGCUUCUAAGUAUCUUCUCAUCAUUGCCGGGGUGUUUUCCACGUUUGCAAGCUUUAUUUUCACUUCAGCUGUCGCCAGUUUGUUUUGGAGCGAACUGGCGAGUAUUAAGGAUGCCCCCUUCUUGUUUCUGUUAGUCGCUGAUGUGGCUAGGGGGGCGAGAAUGGCGAAGGCAGGAUGGUCGGCUGGAGAAGACCAAGGAAAGAGGGUUGGACGGGCGCUGGCUUUGCUUGGGCCAACAGCGACCCUCGAUACUCUGCUAGCAGUCUUACUAGUGGGAGUUGGAGCCCUAUCUGGGGUUCCCAGACUAGAACACAUGUGCACCUUCGCCUGUCUAGCUCUAUUAGUAGACUAUCUGGUCUUCGUGACGUUCUACCCAGCCUGCCUCUCUCUAGUCGCAGAUUUCGCUUCAGGACGCAAAGAAAUGUCGCCAGACAGUCCGUUUUCUGAAGCCGAUCUCAAACCGAACCCAGUGGUUCAGAGAGUGAAGAUGAUAAUGGCUGCAGGGCUGCUGUGCGUUCAUCUCACCAGCAGAUGGCCCUGGAGCAAUGACAACGGGAUCAUCGAAGGUCCCAUAGACAUAUUAACUCCUUCCACAAAUGAUAAUAUUUUAUUACAUUCGUAUAUCAAAUGGUUUUCCGUUUCUGCGGAUUACAUAGUCAUAGCGACACUGCUCUGUGCCUUGAUUAUAAAGUUUGUAUUCUUUGAGGAGCAACGAAACUGGGUUAUUGACAUGAAUGAUAUGACGGUGAAAGAAGUAGUACAAGAACCAGCUCGGAGUAAGCCUAAAUUCUCAGUAGGAGAUGACUCGAAUUCUGAGGUUUCCACGCAAACGGAGGGAGUAUUGGAAGAUGAAUGGCCUACGCUUUCUCCGAGCUCUUCCGCUGCUAAAUUAAACUCCAAAAAGCGUCCAAUGGCGGAAUGCCUCGAAAUAUACAGAUCUGAGGGAGCCUGCAACUCUUUGAGUGACGAAGAAGUCGUAAUGUUGGUUGAACAAUCCCAUAUUCCUUUACACAGACUCGAAGCGGUCUUAGGAGACCCUUUACGUGGCGUAAGACUGCGUAGAAAAGUAGUCGGGUCUAGGUUCCAGACUGAAUUAGCUAUAAAACAACUGCCUUACUUAAAUUAUGAUUAUUCUAAAGUUUUGAACGCCUGCUGCGAAAAUGUGAUCGGUUAUGUUGGUGUGCCAGUCGGGUAUGCUGGGCCUUUGGUCGUUGAUGGUAAGCCGUAUAUGAUUCCUAUGGCUACAACAGAGGGGGCUCUAGUAGCUUCGACAAACAGAGGAGCUAAGGCCAUCGGUUCCCGAGGAGUUACAAGCGUGGUUGAAGAUGUGGGCAUGACAAGAGCACCAGCUAUAAAAUUACCUAACGUGGUCAGAGCUCACGAAUGCCGACAGUGGAUAGACAAUAAAGACAACUACGCACUCAUCAAAGAAGCUUUCGACUCCACAUCGCGUUUCGCUCGACUCCAAGAAAUUCACAUAGGAGUUGACGGCGCAACACUAUACCUAAGAUUCAGGGCUACCACAGGGGACGCUAUGGGUAUGAACAUGGUCUCAAAAGGCGCUGAAAAUGCUCUCAAACUCCUCAAAAACUACUUCCCAGACAUGGAAGUUAUAAGCUUGUCUGGUAACUACUGCUCGGACAAAAAAGCCGCAGCUAUUAACUGGGUUAAGGGAAGAGGGAAACGAGUGGUUUGUGAAACGACGAUAUCCCACGAUAGUUUAAGAACGAUCUUUAAAACUGAUGCCAAAACUCUGGCUAGGUGCAACAAGAUAAAGAAUCUCUCGGGAUCUGCUCUUGCUGGUUCCAUAGGCGGGAAUAACGCUCACGCAGCAAAUAUGGUGACAGCUAUAUACAUAGCUACAGGCCAAGACCCGGCUCAGAACGUCACCAGCUCGAAUUGUUCGACAAACAUGGAGGUUUGUGGCGAAAAUGGAGAAGAUUUGUAUGUGACUUGUACCAUGCCUUCUUUGGAAGUUGGCACAGUAGGUGGGGGGACUAUCCUCACAGGUCAGGGUGCCUGUUUGGAUAUUCUAGGGGUUAAAGGCGCCGGAGCACGGCCAGCAGAAAAUUCUGCCCGAUUAGCUUCCUUGAUCUGCGCCACAGUUUUAGCGGGAGAGCUCAGUUUAAUGGCUGCUCUCGUAAACUCAGAUCUUGUAAAAUCACAUAUGAGGCAUAACAGAUCGACGGUCAACGUGCAAGCGAGUUGCAACUUACAAACUGACAGCAUCACCUUGAAAGUGCCGCCGUUAUAACAUAGACUAAGUCCGGUUAAUCAGACGAGAGUCCGACGGGGCUACAUGGAGUCUAUCAUGUUCCAUGGAGUAGGCAAAGUGCUUAAAUCGGCUGGUUUUAUGAUUUCCUAGUACAUAAUCCUGUCCUGCUUUAUAUAGAAAGCGAGAGCUUUAACUAACGAAACCUCAAAGUGUUUGUUUCAUGUUUUCUACAUCGUAGAGAUUUUAUUUAGGUCUUAAAUUGUUGUAUGGACUUCAGUAGAGCUUGGAGAAAAAUUGUUACUAAAAUAUUGCUCGGAAUAAGGUAAAUAAAUACGUAGAUCGUUGGGUAACAUAAAUAUAAAUAAAUAACAACAUUACUUUUUUUUACUAACAAAAAUAAAAUUCUUAAACGAUGACAUUUAAAAAGCGGUAUUGCCAUCAAAAGGGCGAUUUCUACCAUUUUUCACCAAGCUUUAUUAAAAAAACUAAGAAGCUAUGUGUAAUGUUGUGUGGCCUAUUAUAAGCAAAGUAUAUCAAAUGAAGUGUAUUAUUAUAACGACAAUAUCAUAUUACUAUAUUUAGUUAAAUGUCUGCUGAGCUGCAACGUUAAGCGUGAACAUUGUAACUAGUUGUUCAAUAAAUUCACUUUGUAAUGUU